AAAAUCAUUAGGCGUUAAAAAGGAUAAACCUCAAAAGUAGUGAAAAAUGCAAUCGGAAACGAUGACCGAAAGUAGUGGCUUUUUCGAUCGGAUAGUGCAUUUUUUCGUAGACAAUCAAGAUGAGCGCACAAAGGACUGGCUGCUGUCCGGAUCGAUGACACCACUGAUCAUGAUCCUGGCGACGUAUCUCUACUUCUGUCUGUAUGCCGGACCCCGGUGGAUGUCCAAGCGGAAACCAUUCAAGCUGGAAAAUGUCCUCAUCGGGUACAACGCCGUCCAGGUGCUGCUGAGCAUCGUGCUGGUGUAUGAGGGCAUCCAAGGUGGAUGGAACGGACAUUACGAUCUCAAGUGCGAACCCGUGGACUACAGCCGGGCUCCUCUUGCCAUGAGAAUGGCCCGUGCCGUUUGGCUGUACUACAUCUGCAAAGUCGUUGAGCUGCUCGAUACCGUGUUCUUCGUGCUGCGCAAGAAGCAGAAUCAGGUUUCGUUCCUGCACCUGUACCACCACUCGCUGAUGCCAGUCUGUGGCUUCAUUGGCGUGAAGUACUUUGCCGGUGGCCACGGUACCCUGCUCGGAGUGAUCAACUCGUUCAUACACGUGUGCAUGUAUGCCUACUACAUGCUGGCUGCGAUGGGACCCAAAGUGCAAAAGUACCUCUGGUGGAAGCGGUACCUAACCGUGAUGCAGAUUAUUCAGUUUAUAAUCGUGUUCUAUCACACGCUGCAAGUGCAGUUCCAGCCUACCUGUGGCUACCCCAAGUCCAUCGCAGCCCUGCUGACGCUCAACGCCGGUCUGUUUAUCUACAUGUUUAGCACGUUCUACGUCCGGAGUUAUCUGCGAACCGCCCGGCGAAAUGCCGCCGAGCUCAACAACAACAAUAACAACAAUCGAGUGGAGUGUAAACCAAAGGAAGUGCCACAGUCGGAGGACAGUCGGACGCCUAGCGCAAAUGUCGUGCUCGCUGGUGCCGAACCCAAGAAGGAUCUGUAACGGAUCGAAUGGACAGCCUUGGAUUCGAGGCCAUGUGGAAUGAAAGAAAACAAAACAACAGACUACCACAAGAUGAGCGAUUGGAGCCGAACAAUACUAGUGAUAGGAGUGAACGUUGUCUGUAAAGUUCCGUGGAGCUUUCGUAUUUUUUCGCCGACUCUGUUUUUAAUUGUACAUUUUUUUUUACUUAGAAAAACCGACACUAGCUUAUUGAAUAUAUUUAAUUACAAAGUA